AUGGGCAGGCAGUAUCACAUCUGUGCCCACCCAACCGAACACAAGGAUGCAGGUGCAGCGGAUGCAGCAAGACGAGAUGGAGGAGAAGGUCAAGGAGAAGGGAUGCGGGUGCUGUGUUGUUAUAUACAGAAGAAGACAGACCCAGGCUUACCAGAGCGCACCACUCACCCCACCGCCUUUAACGAUGUCGAAGCCCUGGGAAAGCGAGCAGGCCAUGAGACGCCCAUGGCACUCCUCAACGGUGUCAAAAGCCUCCUGACUCAGACAGCCACAGAAGAAGACAACCACAGAAGACCGACCCAGGAUCACCAGUGCGUACCAUCCACCGCCUUUGACGAUAUCAAAGCCCCUGGGAAAGCCAAUAGGCCACGAGACGCUCCUGGCCACUCCUCAAAGGUGUCAAAAGCCUCCCUGGCUCAGAGAAUCAAGGAGGAAUUUCGAAGGCGGACUGCAGCAGCCAUUGAACGUUCUCGACACCAUGAUAAGCUAUGCAGAACAGGCGAUAGCGAGGUCUGGAGGUCUGGAGGCCUGGAGGUCUGGAAGGCGGCGACGAGGUUAUACGAAAUCGAUACUGAAGUCGAUGCCCUGACCUGUUCCCAGUUGACGACGUGCCUUGCAAACGCGUUCCGUUCCGUGAGCGUCUCGCGCCCCUGUAAGCACUCGCCAGGUCGUUUCCGACCGCAGACACAAUAG